AUGACCUGGGCCACCUCAGCCCCCGCCGCGGGCGUCUCCAGGGCCCAGCUCAACGAGGUUGUCCGGGCCAUCCGCAGAUGCCCAAUCAUUGACAAUCACGCCCAUCCUCUGCUCAAGCCGGAGGCCCUUGCUAAGCACCCGCUCAUCUCAAUUACCACCGAGGCAUCAGGAGACGCUAUCCAUGCUGCAUUCACGAGCCUGUCUCACCUCCGAGGGGUGAAGCAACUGGCUCAUGUGCUCGACUGCGCGCAGACGUGGGAGGCUGUCGUAGCUGCCAUUGAGCAGAGGCGGCUGGAAGACUACGAUGACUGGAUCAGCGAGUGCCUUGAUGGAAUCGAGACGAUCCUUGUGGACGAUGGGUUGGACGCGACAGAUGACGCCUACGAUUACGAUUGGCACAAUGCCUUCACAAGGUCCGGGUGCAAGCGCAUCGUCAGGAUUGAGACCGUCGCGAGUAGGAUCAUCCACAAGCACGCCGCGAACUCCAAGGAGGGUGACAGCUCCGAGGACCUGUUUGACCUGGCUAUUGAGGAAUUCGACGCCGAGAUAAAAAACGCCCUCGAAGACCCGGAGGUAGUAAGCUUCAAGAGCGUGAUAUGCUACCGCACUGGGUUGGAUAUACCCGCCGUGGUCGACUUGACAAUUGCGAAGGCUUCCUUUGAUGAGAUUGUGACAGACUAUGCCGGGCCGGCUGAGCUGGCGAGGAUACAGCACCCAGGUCUCAACGACCUUCUGGUGCACCGAGCAGCCGCGCUAAUCAGUGAGAUGCCGGGUCGAGAGAGGAAGCCACUUCAAUUCCAUACUGGACUGGGCGAUAACGACAUUACGCUGACCAAAUCCUCGCCUGCCCACCUGCAGGAGUUUAUCCGGACGUAUCCCAAAGUUCCAAUUGUGCUGCUACAUGCCAGCUAUCCCUUUACGCGCGAGCUUGGGUAUCUGGCGACUGUAUAUGCGAAUGUGUAUGCUGAUAUUGGCGAGAUCUUCCCUUUCGUCAGUCAGGACGGCCAAGCCACUGCAAUCCGCCAAAUCCUGGAGCUCUGCCCAUGGUCCAAGAUUAUCUGGUCCACAGAUGGCCACUGGUUCCCUGAGACGUAUGUACUCGCCAUACUGCAAAUUAGGGAAGUACUGGAAUCAGUUUUGUGUGACUACGUUCGAAAGGGGGCCAUGAGCUGGAAAGCCGCGAUUCAGCUCGUCAGAGACAUCUUGUACAAGAAUUCCAACAAGCUAUACCAUCUUGGUCUGACCUUUUCAGAGUGGGAGGCGGACUACGAAGGCGACGUCGAGUUGGAAGAGGAAGCGACAGACCUUGAAAUAUUUACACGCUCUCUUCGGGGCAAGUCAACCCCCGACUUCAUCCGCAUCGGCUGGACGGACAUGACAGCGAUGCCGCGGAUGCGUAUGAUACCGUUCAGAAAACUCAUCACGUCCCUGGAAGAAGGCAAGUCUGUUGAUAUAGGUAUCACGAAAGCCUGUCUCGGCCUCUUGCAGCAAGACUCGAUGUCUCCAGGCACUAGCGCCAGCGGAGAGUACAGGUUGCAUCCAGACUUCUCGUCGAUAAAGAGCGGGCCCAUACCGGGUCACUUCAAUAUAUACGGUGACUUCCGCGAGAAGGAUGGGUCUAUGGUCCCGCUCUGCCCCAGAACGCAGCUAUCAAAGGCGCAAGAAGACGGUGCGAGACAAGGGCUGGCCUUCCUGAUGGGGUUUGAGAUCGAGUUCCUGCUCCUCCAGCGCAGUGAGCAUGGUAGCUACGAGCCGCUAGCCAAUGAUGGACACUCCUGGUCCGUGUCUCGCUUUUUCUCGGACCAGAAAAUCCCCAAGCUCCUCGCAGAUAUCGUCAAGGCGCUGGAGUUAAUGGAUAUAUUCGUCGAGCAAAUCCACGCCGAGAGCGCGCCGGGCCAAUUCGAGCUCGUUCUUCCUCCACUGCCUCCCGUCCAGGCUGUAGAUACUUUGCUGCACACCAGAGAGGUGAUUUCUGCCAUGGCCACUGCAGCCGGUUACAAGUUCACCCUGUACCCGAAGCCCUUCCCUGACACUUGUGGGACUGCGGCGCAUGCGCACAUCUCGAUUUCCUCGGUCGGCGGUGACAAGAAGGAAGUGUAUGAGCCUUUUUACGCCGGCGUUCUGAAACAUCUGCGCGCGAUCGCAGCGUUUGCGUAUAGCAACCCGGCGAGUUAUGAAAGACUGGCGGAUGGAGUGUGGGCCGGAGGAAGAUGGGUGACGUGGGGUACCCAAAACCGCGAAACGCCCCUCCGCAAAAUCGAAGGCAGUCACUGGGAGUUCAAGUGCCUCGAUGGGCUCGCCAAUCCAUACUUGGCAAUGGCGGCGGUCCUAUUCGCCGGGACCAGUGGCUUCACAGGCAAGGAGAAGCUGGUCUGGCAGGACUGCGAGGUCGAUCCAGCCAGCCUGACAGAGAAUGACCGCAAAGAGCUGAACGUUUCGGAAAUGCUACCAGCGAGUGUGGAGGAAGCUUUGCAGGCUCUGGAGGAAGACGAAGAAUUGACGGGCUUGCUGGGCCAGGAGCUGGUGGAAAAGUAUACUUCUGUGAAACACUCCGAGCUCAAGUCUCUGAGCUCGAUGAACGAUGAGGAGAGGAGGCAAUUCCUCGUUGCGCGAUACUAG